GCGUGCAGCCUACCAGCUGCGUCUCAGGGGAGGUACGCGGAUGUUAAGAGGGCUGUCCUGGACAGGAUGGGUUACUCCCCCGAGGACCACCGCCGCCGGUUUCAGACGGCGAAGCUGGGGCCAUCGGACCGGCCAUUUGUCUUUAGCCAACACCUAAGGGACGCGGCGACCAGAUGGCUGAAGCCGGGGGAGUCCGCUGGGGAGCAACGGGUGCUGAGAGUAGUUGGUUUGGGGCAGUUUGUGGAGGGGCUACCGGCCAGCACUGCGCCCUGGGUCCGGUGCCAUCGGCCGAGGGACAUGGAAGCAGCUGUCGCGUUGGCGGAGGACCACCUGGCAGAGCACCCUCAGCGCCCAGCAGAAGAGGGGAGGACACCGGCGAUGCAGCGUCCUACCCCAGCGCCAAGACGAAAACCCCCUCCCUCCCCUUCUUCACGUUCAGUUCGCCCUCCCCCUCGCCCCCGCACUAACCCUCCCUCUGCUUCUCCUGUUCCACCACGGGUUCCAGCCGCUACGGGCACUGUUCCCACCUCACAGGGGGCUCCUCAAACGUCGGGGCAGGAGUGCUGGCGGUGCGGGCAGCCCGGACACUUCUGCAGCGAGUACCCUCUGAUGGAGGUCGGCCAAGUGAUCCGGGUUGCUGGCCCACCGGCAUCCUCCCCCGGUUCAGGAGAGACAUACAGCGUUCCAGCCUGCGGCCUUGCCCCAGUCUCCACAUUCCCAGUUACCUUGGCGAUGAGGGCAAAGAGCGAUGGAGAGCUACGGAGAGGAUGGAAUGCAGGUCAGUCCCGUCCCGAGUGCACUCCUGAGAGGACCCGAAAAGCUCUGGCACCCACAAUGGGGAUAUACCGCCCCCGUCCCAGGCACUAUACUGUGCUGUUGUGUUGCGUGCUGAGAUGCCUAAUUAGUGAUGUAACGUGUGUGUGACCACAGACAGAGACUCCAUGCUUGUGAGAUGUGACCAUAUGAUGUGUGAUGCUUAGAAACUACUAUCAAGACUGAGACAACUUAGUGAGUCUUUGGAGAAUGCCUCUGCAUGCUGUGUAGUGGGUAUUUCCCUGGUGCAUAUUGUACUAAAGUCUGUUACAGUGGGAAAAUGUCAUCUGGCCAGAUGAUUUCCUGUCUACCUCAUGUACCUGCUUUGAGUGGUUCCUAUCAAUGCAGUGAUUAUUUGACACAUUGUAUGGUAGUUAGCAUUU